AUGGCAAAAUCCCACCCACAACCGCAUCUUGAAGAACCUUGGAAGGCACGAGACGCCUGGAGAUACCAGGGGGUAUUUGCAAAGGGCCAACGAUUAAAAGGAGCCCUUCCUGGCUUGGCAAUUGGCUUUACCGCCUUCUUAGCCGUUAGCAUAUAUGAGGACUACAUAGCACCAAAGGUAGCCAAAAAGCCUGCAAAGGAGUGA